AUGCCUGUAGGAAAACGUACAACAAAGGUCGUGUCCUAUAACGAACAAGAAGAUGAUGAUGACUUUAUUAUCGUUAUCGAUAAUAGUAAAAAAAAUCGUAAUAUUAAAUCGAAUCAUACUUCGACAGAAUCGAAAUCUAUUACUAAACAACAAUCACGAAAACAUGAUGAAAAAUUAUCUAAAUCUGAACAAGAAGAAGUCAAAAUAAUACCUCAACAGCCAAAAAAGUCAACUGAAAAAGUACCAAUCGAAAAUCUAAUUACUCUAGAUGAUGAAGAAAACACAAAUAAUCAGUCAACAAUAUCCAGUAAUGAUAUUAAAACAUCAUCAGAAAAUCUAACUGAUGUUAAUGAUCAAGAUGAAGAUUUAUCACCGAAAAGUAAACGAAUGAAAUAUGAAGAAGAAGAAGAUGAUGUUUAUGAAAAUGAAUCUAAGAAUGAGAAUGAAGAAGAUGAAACGUCUAAUAAAAUAUCAACUUACAAAACAGAAGAACCAAUCAAGAAAACUGAAAUGUCAAUUAUAUCGUCAAUGGAUCUUAAUACAUCACAAACUGAUCAUCAAAAUCUUUCAACUCGAACAUCAGAUCUUCCAAAGAAACGAACAUCAGUUCCAUUAGGUUUUCCAACUAGUAAGAUAAAUAUUUCAUCACCACAUGUAUUUCGUGUUGGUUUAUCACGUAAAUCAUCAACCAUUAAACCUCUUCAUCCUAAUUUUACUUCACGUAUUGUUCAUGAAUAA